AUGAAACUUAAUCUCAAAGUACUCAAUGGAAAUGGUGAUGCUAUUGAAAUAGAAAUGAAUGAAAAAAGGACUGUUAGAUUUCUAAAAGACUACCUUGAUUCUAAUCAAUUAUUUGAAGAUCAAUUCAUAACAUUUCAAUGGGAGUUAUUUGAUACUGAUUUAAAUCCUAUUAAUUACUUCCAAAAAGAAAUAAAAACUUUUGGAAAUGAAUUUUCAAAUGAAGCAGCUCAAUAUUUAGAUGAUUUAUAUAAAAAGAUUUUAUUCAGUGUCAUUCCUAUUGAAAAAGUUCAAACUCAUCAAUCAUUAAUUAUUUGUGGGGUGGAGUUUUUUAUGAUUAACAAAAACAAAAUAGUGAACAGUAAUUUUAAAGAUGAGUCAUUUCAACUUUCUCAUGACUCAACACUUUGUAUAGUAAAUUCGUGUAGAAGAGGAAUAGGAUUUAAUUUAAAAAUAAAGGUAGAUAAUCAAGAAUAUGGAAUAGAACCAUAUACAGUCCAACUUGUUUCUGUUUCUCCAUCGUCACUAAUUACACUUCAGUUUCAACCACUUAUUGAGUGGUCAAUCAAUAAUGAUCAACACUACUAUCCUAUCGAAGCACCACCUCAAGAACCAAAUCUAACAAUCAAAAUAUGUUCUAUUCUUUCUCAAGAAACCGAAAUGACUCAUAUUCAAAACCAAUAUGGAGCAGAACCUUCUCUAAUCUUAUCAAAGGCAGUCAAGUUGUUUAAAGCAGUUAUUAGAAACAAUAAAGUUGAAAUAAAUACUUUUUCAUUACCAUUACAAACGACGUAUUCUUUAAUACAACUUAAGCUAUUAUACUUUGAAGGGUCAACAGAACAUGAUAAACUUUAUUGGUCAAUGAUUGGAGAUUCUCAACUAAACGAAUUAGUCUCUGUUGAAGAUUUAAAUGAACUUAUUGUGCUUGGAAAAAUUAAUUCAAGUUCAACUAUAAUUUGUUCUUCUCCUGAAGAUAAAGAGAAAUAUCUAUAUGUAAGUAGAAUGUUGCUGUACCACAGGAACAUCCCAUUAAAUGAAUGUUUUGUAUCAACAACACUUCAAUUGGAUAAUGAAUUUAGAGAAGAAUCUGGAAUUACUUAUCCUUUCCUAAAAAAAAACCCAAUCAAAGAAUUAUCAAUACCUCCAACACCACGAACAAAAACAACUAAAAACAAUGACUUUGAUUCUAUUGCAUCAAGUUUAUCUUUUUGCGAAAAAAUUGAUCAAGACAUUGAAAGUCACAAAAAAGAACAUAUCAGAAAACCAAAUACAAGAAAUCAUCAUCUAAAUGCUUUCGAUAAUUUUAUGGAUCGGUUCAGUGAAAAUCAACCUACUAGUCCAAUUGUUAUGGAAGAAGUUCCUCAGACAUUUGAAGUUGAACGAAUUGUUAGAAAGAAAAUUGUUCAUGGAAAUACAAGUUAUCUAGUUAAAUGGAAGAAUUAUUCAUCCAAAGAUAAUACUUGGGAAACUGAAGAUGAUAUUAGAACUAAAUACGGUGAUUUAGUUGAUGACUUUGAAAAGAAUCAAAAGAAGCCUAAAAAAAUUGGAGUAGAAUAUAAAGAGCAUGGUGUUGUUCAUGACAUUUGGAAUGAAAAAGGGCAAUUACAUGUUUUAUACCAACCAGAUGGCAGACCAAGAAAUGUUUAUCCAAUUGACUUAUUGAAGACAAGGAAUCCUGAGGCACUGAUUGAGUAUUUUGAAUCUAAAUUGUAUGGUUUUGAUGGACAAAACAAAAAGGAAGAGUAA